AUGGCUACAACAGACGAGAUCGCUACCACGAAGCGGCAAGAUCAUGCCACACUGCCACCAUUCCCACAUUCCGUUGUCAGAAACUGGACGGCCCGUCCAGUUCAUACAUUUGCAGGAUCCUUAUUGCAUUAUCAUGACAAAGCAUACGCGGCCAAGGGGUGGAAUGAAGCUUAUGCCGAACAGACGAAAGGAUCGCCUAUGGUCUAG